CCCCCUCCUCCUCCCGAGUUGAAAAUGGACUUCAGUAAAAGCAGUUGUCCACCAACUUCACAAGGAAAAUGCAUGCCUGUGUGCUUUUAUUCUACACGUCUGCGUUACCACUGAAAGUAUUUUAAUAUUUUUGGGGGGUGGGGGGCUUUGGAUGCCUUUACUGCAACAUUUCUCGGACACGUUGACGGAGCGACGCCGCACAGCGCUUUUUCAAGUGUUGUCCUGGACGUGAAGUUGGCGAAUGGAUGCUCGACAUAAAUAACCUGCCAAACCUUCAACUCUGUAACCAUUUAUACCCCCUUUCUUCCUUUUUGAGGAUUCAUUCGCAUCUUUGAAAAAGAAGCGAGGACCUGCGUUUAAUGAUGAGGAUGGUGAGAGCGUCGGCUCGUUCGUUGUGGUCGGAUUUUACUUCCAGGGAGGAUACUAUGAAUCAACGACUGUCAUUCCUCCUCGCUAGUGUUUAACGUUACUCAGAGAGCUAAACUAGCUUCGCUUGGUGUUCCCAGGGGACGCUCAGUUAGGCAUGCCUCUUUGUACACCGCUCACCAACUACCCUAAAUGAGAGCGAGUUCUGUUUGUGGAGGAAAAUGGUGAUUUUUGUGGUAUUUUAUCCCGCCGUCACUGCGUCGUCGAUGCUAUUGCUAGGGUUUGGAUCCCCGUGAGGAAGAAAAUGAGUGAAGAUUCAACAAAUCCAAACAACGAUGACAGUUAUGCGCGUGUGAGAGCAGUGGUCAUGACUCGGGAUGACUCCAGCGGUGGGUGGCUCCCCUUGGGGGGUGGAGGCCUUAGCUGUGUCACUGUCUAUAAGGUCAGCCGGACAGAGGACAGCAGCAGCACCCACAGUGGAGGCAGCGGAGGAAGUGGCAGCAACCUCAGCCCUGGCAGCCCCAGCCCCAGUCCCAGUCCGAGUCCCACCGUCGUGGAGUUUCACAUCAGGGGCGAACGGCUCAAAGACAAAUUGGUGGUGCUGGAGUGUGUUCUACAGAGAAACCUGGUGUACAAUAAGGUCAACCCCAUCUUCCACCACUGGAGAAUCAAUGACAAGAAGUUUGGGCUGACGUUCCAGAGCCCCGCUGACGCUCGAGCCUUCGAUAGGGGCAUACGCCGAGCCAUCGAGGACAUCAAUCAAGGGUGUCAUCCAUUCGGUGAGGGAGAUGCUCCUGAGGACGGAUUACCGGUGUGCAACGAGCCUCCCUCGAUCUGCACCCCAAUGAAAGAGACCUUCGUUGUCCCCACCGAGCCAUUCCGAGGUUGCUACGUCCCAACGCAGCCCUUCAAUGAAAACCGCCGCUACUUGCCUCCACCGUCGACUCGUCGAGUCAGCUUUCACUUGGACGAAGAGGAGAUUGUUCGCAUCAACCCACGUAAAGACGUGUUCAUCCGAGGCUAUGAGGACUACCGCCACCCUGUCAUGAGCAGACGCGAUGCCGACCGCGAGGACAUGGACUUCCCUGCAUCUUUUAACAAACUGGACAGUAAGAAGUUUGAGUACCUUUUUCCUGAUGGCCCCGGUGGAGACUCUCACUCUGGCCCCGGUUUGGGAAUUGGAACAGGGAUGGGGCUCGGGCUAGGCAAGGACACGGCCAUCAAGACUCAGCCGUCGCCCCUUCUCAAGUCGAAGAAGGGCCGCCGGCGAAGAGAAGACGGCGAGCGCUCGCGUUGCAUUUAUUGUCGAGAGAUGUUCAACCACGAAGACAAUUGGCGGGGGCAGUGUCCGGAUGCCCCCGACCCAAUCAAGCAGUGUAUCUACAAAGUCAGCUGCAUGCUUUGUGCCGAGAGCAUGCUGUAUCACUGUAUGUCCGACUCGGAGGGAGACUUUUCAGACCCGUGUUCGUGCGACACCUCCGACGAGCAGUUCUGCCUGCGCUGGCUGGCCCUGUUGGCGCUGUCGUUCAUCGCGCCCUGCAUGUGCUGCUACCUGCCCCUGCGCGCCUGCCACCACUGCGGCGAGGCCUGCCACUGCUGCGGGGGCAAGCACAAGGCUGCGGGAUGACCCGACAUCGGACACCGGGACACCCUCAAAGCUAGCUAACAAAGGCAGUGGAUAAAAAUGGAAAAUGAUUAGCCGGCAUCCUUUUUUCAUUCCUCUCCCUCUCUCAGAAGGGGAGAUGUGUUGUUGAUCCCCAGCUCUGAGGCUUUUUGGAGAUUUCAGUUUGUGUUUGUCGCCGACAAGCAGCAGCAGCGGAGAACAAACUAUUUGCUUUGCCGGAGCUCUAAGCAUCAAGGUAAAUGCAGGAGCUUAAACUGAGGCGAAGAGAAGGAGGAAACAUUGCGAAUAACAGACUUGGAGAUGUUACACCUGUACACACACAUUUACACACACACACACACACACCUCUCAGACCCACGCUCACGUUGGCAAAGCCAGGCCGCAAUGUGUAACUUUAUGAAGGAAAAGCGAUAAAACAGACAACUACACCGUGUUGAGAACAAAAAAGCCAACUUCUUGCUGUUUGAGUAUGCUAAAAGGGAUGUGUUUGUGCUUUUUUUUUUUUGUGGAUUUGCAGAUGGGUAACAGUGGCCUUUCCCUCAUGGCUUAAGCGUUUGCUGACAAUGUAAUUACUCGCCAGAGAAACGUGCACUACAUGAUCAUUUCCUCCAGUUCAAAAUAACCUUUAUGAAGUUCUUGUGGCAUGUUGUCCAACAUGUUUAUUAGUGUAACUUUUAACAUUUGGGAGAUGUUUGUACUGGAUGUGAAGCCAAAUGAGUUUCUUUGUUUAGAAAAGAAAAAAAUAAAUCUGUUUUUUUUUUUAGGUACAUCUUUAAAAAUGGCAAUUUUAAAUGAAAAAUUGAGAAUUUAGAUCCAAAAGAAAGGGGAAAACCUUUCCAUGUCCCAGGAAUGGUCCCUCCCCCUCAUCUCCAUGUCUGAAAAAAUCUUGACCCACUUAUUAUAUUAAAAGCAACACAUUAGAGUUUCAUUUACGUCAUUGAAACAUUGCAAACGACUCCCUUACUGCUGUAGUGAGAUUGGUGUUUGGUUUCUUCAGAUUUGGUUUGAUUCUUUGCUCACGUUUGUAAUUAGUUUGAAUCAAAGGUUGAAAUGUUGCUCAACCAGCAAGUUUUGUUUUGGUGAAACGGGACGGGGGGCUACAACGCUCCCUUGUGAAAUAAGGAGGCACUUAAAAUAGGAAACUUGCCAAUUCCGGAAUUACUUUGCAGUUAAAUUGAACGAGUUUGUCACUUAGAUUUUGGAAACCUGACCUUAAAGCACUGCUCUCCAAACUUUGGUUGCAGCACCCUCUCCAAAUUUCAGUUAGUUCAUUGAACGUUAUAUUGUUGUUUACUAUCCAUUCUGUUUUACAUUGUACUUAAAAAAACAACCCACUCGUUUUAUUUAUGUGUUAUUUUUUGUGAUUUCAUUCAACAGCCCCUGAGUGAAUGCAAUGUUUUAGGACUUUUGGGAAGUCUUUUUAGCUUUUUGACACAUUUUGUCCCUGCUUUCAUGCGUCAUCAUCGUGUUCAUGGGCAAAAUCCACCCUCUAUAUUAAUAAUACACAUUUCUUUACUGUUACACAAAAAAAAAGGAAACAUAGUAGGACGGACAGCAUCGUCUUGUAGGUGAAAGCAGGUUUUUUUCCGUUUCCCUUCCAGAUUAGAUUCAUUUCAAUCAAAAUUUUUAAAAAUUGUUAUUUUCUGAAAGUAAAUUCCUCUCAAAAGUGUCUCUCCUGUCAGACUGACAGUAAAUGUUGAGAUUCCUAAUAUCGUCCCAGAUGUCCAUCCGUUUGUUUCACUUCACCUACAAGAAGAAACAUUUCCUAGACAGAUCUGGAGCUGUUUUCAGUUGAUUCUGUUGAAUAGCUGCCAGACGUUCUGUUAAAUUUAACCAACCAGCUGUUGAUACAGUCUCAAAGUUUACAUUGAAAUAUUACACUUGCCUCUCGAACUUGUGAAGAAAGUAAACUAGUAAUUCCCCCUUAAUAAGGUGUCCUGUGAAGUCUUACUUGAUAUGAACCUUACUGGUAGAAAUUGUUCAUUUAGCAACACAGAUCAGUUACACCCACCCUAAGGCUUUGACUUAUUUUUAAAGGCGUGGUCCAUUGAAAAACCAUUUUUUAAUCUUAUUUCUGAUUAUAAUUGGUCACUCAGAGUUUAACAUGAAAAUAGUCUACACCUAUCUCCUGCACUAGCUUCAGACAGAAAAUAGAUGGGGAAUCUCUAGGAUUAGAAAAGUCUGACAGAUCUACGUCACACUGUCCCUUAACAUUCAUGGACUCACCCAUCUUGACUCACAAAAGGGGAAGGCUGUUGUUGGUUUAGCAUCCAGGCAAGAUCAGAGCGCCUUUUGGAUAGUAGAAGCUAAUCGUUAGCAUUAAAACUUCACACCUUCAAAACUGAGUCGUUGAUAGAGUUGCGUUGCUGCUAUCCAAUCAGAGGCGAUAUGUCCAAAUAUCAAGAAAUAAGACUCCAAAUCCUGCCGUCUGAACCUCGGGUGUUUCUCAAUGCCAAGGAACCUUGCCUUGAUGUCUUAGCCCCGCUCCUGUUGCCUAGGAGAAACGUCAUCGGGAGCCGCCAAGAUGUGUUCCAAUCGGUUCCAAUGUUCAUGUUCUACUGAGGCAUGUGUUCUCCAUUUGUUAGCCGUUUAGCUAGCUGAGCAAGGAUACUCGGGAGGUGUCUUGUAGCCUAGACUUGGUCAAAAAUUACCCAGAAUACACCGCUGUAUUUUCAAAAACAUGGCGGAUCAGAAGCCGGCAGCUACUUUGGGGACAAUUUUCAAGUUUAAAAGUAAGUCAGCUAAUUUAAAAUGUUUUUUUAGAUCUAAAAAAGUUAUCUAUUGUUGGUUAGUUGCUUAGUAGUUGCAGCUUCGAUGGCUAGCGGGUAGUAAUUCACUUAUAUUUUUAAUUUAAUAAACAUACACAAUUUAAAAAGUAAAAGGCUCAUUAUAUUUAUAUUGAAACUAAUACAUAUAAAAUAUAACAUUGUCUCUCGUGUCACGUGACGUUACGUGACCGCCGUGGAAGCCUCGGUCACGUGAUGCAAGUUUGUUCCAUUUAACCGUUUUCUUUGACCAAGGAAGGACAGUGUCCUUGUAAGCAAGGCGCCUGGCCUCGCAAGACAUUGCCUCGCAAGGCAAGGCACCCUGACAUUGAGAAACACCCCUCGACUCUAGCUAACUUCUACGUCUUGAACCUGGUGCAGCGGAGAUUUGUUUCCCCAGAGUACAACUUACAAGACUUUCACUCCUACCACUGCAAAUGUAUGUAAACGAGGGAUCCACACCUUUAAAUAACACUACCUAUGUCACCUUUCCGCAUUUCUAAACCGGCUCUAGUUCAUCCAGAUCCAGUUAGCUCCUGACGCUCGGUGAGGUCUCGCUUUGGCAUGAGUGCAACAGGAUCAUGAACCUGACACUUUACUUUCUAUGCAAACUCUCUAACACAACGCCGGCUGAGUCAGUUACAGGACAGGACACUUAAAUGCUACACACACAGCUGGCCAUUCCCCCCGGUACCAAACUAAACCACUUGUAAAUACGUAACACUAUAUUUAAAUACCUGUAAUAAUCCCAGCGUUUUCUCUUUGAGAUUUUAAAGAUAGAGAUGUAUUUAUCGUUGCUGUCAGCCUAUACUGUAGCUUCUAAUGACAGCAUUUUGUACAUAAGUCACCUUUUAGUAUUAUUUCACAUUGAAAAGUAGAGGGCUUUGUGACGGAUACGACUAUUGAGCUUCUAAUAGCGUCUCUCUCUAGUUUUGUACGGUAGAAGAAAGGAUAAUGCUAACACGGUAAAAUAGUCCACUUGUUUUUAAAGUUUGAUAUAUCAUUAAAUAUAUAUAUAUAUAUAUAAAAACGUAUAAAGCUGCUAGAUACAAUCACUAAUUUUAUUGUGUUGACGGAGAAAAUCAGCUAUGAACGACUGUUAAAAUUUAAAUCUAAACAACAUCUAACGGCCGUCAUUUUUAAAUGUUUGUUCCGCUGCGGGACAACGAGUGUGCGUUAGUGUAUAUGUGUGUUCUCGUGUGUGUGUGUGUGAGGUUGUAUGUAUGGGGGAGGGAGGGGGUUGGUGUGUAACCAAAUGUUUGGUUGCUUUUCACGUUCUCCCACUGGAAUCUGAACCAAGGUUUGAUGAAACUGAUUAAAACUUGCUGGCUGAGAAGCAAAAUUUAAAAAAAAGAAAUAAAACUGUUGAGAAUGCUGAAAUAACACUUCUCAUUCUGCAUUAACCAGCACAGUGCAACUUCCUGUCAUGUACUGUAUUAUAUAUGCAACAUGUGUCUGUCCGCUUUAGUAUAUAUAUAUAUAUAUAUAUAUAUAUAUAUAUAUAUAUAUAUAUAUAUAUAUAUAUAUAUAUUUGACCUGCAUUAUAUAAGACUUCAGUUUUAACCACUUUGCUGCUAGUCUUUUAUCCUCUUUCAACCUUGGAAAUUGUGCGUAUCUUUGGGAAUGCAAACCAGGGUACGUUCUUGACAUUGUGUAGAUUUAAAAAAGACAAGCUAUAUAAACCCGUUUCUCUUCAGUGUACUGUUUUGUUUUUUUAAAAGAUUACUUUUCUCAGCAGUGGAGUGGUUAUUUUUCGAUUCUCCGAUGCUUUUGGUGCACUGAUGAUACUACUUGUAAGCUUUUUUCUUCAUCCUACAGUGCUUGAUGUAACAAUUAUGUGAUUAGUUCUAAAUAGUGGAAUACCUUUGUGUUUUGGAACUUGCAGUAUAAAUGGUACUACUCUUAACUAUUCUGUAAACACAGCCUGUUUUUUCCCCUUUUUGUUCUUUCUGUUUGUGCAUAUUACUUCCUUUCCCGUGCAUCUCGUUUUUCUUAGUGCCAUUGGCUUUUCACAUCCUGACAACCUCAAAAAAGUGCCUCACGUCCAUCUUAGUUCCCAUCUUACAGUUUAACAUCUCUCAUCCUGGUUUCAUUGGUUUCUACACAUCUGGGUAUUUCUUCUCAUGGUGUGAGAAUACCAAGUAUCUGAUGUAAAAUGGAUAGUACCAAUAACCCACAUUAUAGUUGUAUUUUCUUUAUACAGAUGUAGCUUGUUACUUUUCAUAAAUAUAUAAUGUAAAUACACAUAUAUAUGUUUGUAACUGUUUUUAUGUUACAUCAUACACUUGUAAUUUGACAUAUCAAAUAACAUUAUCAUAAUAAAAUGGUGAGUUUUAA